AUAAGUCAUGGCGCCAUCUUGAGGUAAACGUUAUAAAUGCACAUUAGAGUCACACAGGUCACCAGGUUCCAAACCAUUGUUCUAAUUUCUGGUUUCCCACUUUAUUUCUACAACAUCAACCCAUCAGAGCUCUACAAUUCUCAUGUGAUUCACUCCCGCGCCUUCUUCCGUGACUCCACGGAUCCAGACGGCAACAUGUAGUCCCUGGGUUUGAUACGAUCACAGCCUGUUUGCCUUGGGAAGUUUAUGGAGCAAAGAGAAGGGAGUGGAUCUGGAGGAAGAGCAGGAGGAGGAGGAGGAGGAGGAGGAGGAGGAGGAGGAGGAAGUUGGAUGCACUGUGAGACGCUGUCAGCAGCAGAGCGGCGGAGUUCUGUGUCAAACCUGCCAGAGGAACAUGUUCUGCGAAGGAAAAGGCUGGAACAUGAGCACAUAAGGGGACGGAGACGCUUCAAAGUGGGGGAAUCUUGAUCAGCCGUGAAGACGAACAGCUGUAGAGUGAGGGAUUUGAAGAUGUGGGCAUUAAUGGGAGCCAUCUAUCUGUGUAACUGUGUCGCCGGGCAGCUGCUCGAGUCCAAGCUGAAAGGAGCGCCUCGACUGGUCUGCAGCGUCCCCGGGUCGCCUGGCCCGCCCGGCAAACCGGGUCCCGGCGGGCCGCCGGGAGCCGACGGGAAUGUCGGAAUUCCAGGAAGAGACGGCAGAGACGGCCGAAAGGGGGAAAAGGGAGAAAAGGGCGAUACAGGGGCGAAGGGCAGAGUUGGCCCGACGGGGAAAAUUGGAGAGCGAGGUGAACGCGGCCCCGCGGGAAAACGAGGCCCCGCGGGAGACAACGGGGACGCGGGGCCUCCUGGACCUGGAGGCCGCGAUGGAGAUAAAGGCGAUAAGGGCGAGCGGGGACCCCGUGGAACUGCGGGAACGUGCAAAUGUGGCAGCCUGCUACCCAAAUCUGCCUUCUCGGUGGGAAUCACCAGCAGCUACCCCGCAGAGAAGACCCCCAUCAAGUUCAACAAGGUCCUCUUCAAUGAAGGCGGACACUACAACCCCCAGACGGGGAAAUUCAUCUGCGCAUACCCAGGCGUCUAUUAUUUCUCCUAUGACAUUACACUGGCCAACAAACACCUGGCCAUCAGUCUGGUGCAGAACGGUCAAUACCGCAUUAAGACCUUCGACGCCAACACAGGAAACCACGACGUGGCGUCUGGUUCCACCGUCAUGUUCCUGAACCCUGAAGACGAGGUGUGGAUGGAGAUCUUCUUCAGUGAUCAGAACGGCUUAUUUUCGGACCCCAGCUGGGCGGACAGCCUGUUCUCUGGGUUCCUACUCUACGCAGACACAAACUACUUUGACACACUGGCAGCGGACUACGCAUAGAAAACCCGGAGAACAAGGCAGAACCACAAACUGUUUGCUACUGCUAUUAUCACUCAGUCAGAACACGUUUGGUGUGAACAAACUAUAUGUACUGUUUUAUUUACAUGUUUGUACUACUAUGGGAUUAGCGAAGUAUUCACUUAACAUUGUGGAAAUCUGAUGAAGCUUCAGGUGAUUUAUUUGAUUCCGGUUGAUUUAAAUAAAAAUUCCAAAUAAU